AUGAAUGAUGAUGGGAAAAAUGUAAGUUCUGAAGGCUACUUUAUUUUAUUGGGAUUUUCUUAUUGGCCACAUCUGGAAGUAGUUCUCUUCAUGAUUAUCUUGAUAUUCUAUUUGAUGACACUUUCAGGGAAUCUAUUCAUCAUCAUCCUGUCAUACCUGGACUCCCACCUCCACACUCCCAUGUACUUCUUCCUUUCAAACCUCUCUCUUCUGGAUCUCUGCUACACCACCAGCUCUAUUCCCCAGUUGCUGGUCAACCUCAGGGGCCCAGACAAGACCAUUUCUUAUGCUGGCUGCAUGAUUCAACUCUACUUUGUCCUUGCACUGGGGUCCACAGAGUGUGUCUUACUGGUGGUGAUGUCCUAUGACCGCUAUGCUGCUGUGUGCAGACCUUUACAUUAUGCUGUUCUCAUGCACCCUCGUUUCUGCAAAUUGUUAGCUUUUGUCUCUUGGGUAAGUGGCUUUAUUGCAUCAGCACUUCAUUCCUCCUUUACCCUCUUGAUACCUCUGUGUGGACACAAUCAAGUGAAUCACUUCUUCUGUGAAGUGCCAGCAUUGUUACGAUUGUCCUGUGUUGAUAUCCAUGCUAAUGAGUUAACCCUCAUGGUCAUGAGCUCCAUUUUUGUUGUCAUACCACUUAUUCUCAUUCUGAGCUCUUAUGGUGCCAUUGCUCAGGCUGUACUGAAGAUGCAAUCAAUCAGUGGACUUCAGAAAGUCUUUAAGACAUGUGGAGCCCACCUUAUGGUGGUUUGCCUCUUUUUCAUUCCAGUAAUGUGCAUAUACCUCCAACCUCCAACAGAAAAUUCUCAAGACCAAAACAAGUUCAUUGCCCUGUUUUAUACUGUUGUCACACCUAGUCUCAACCCGCUAAUCUACACCCUCAGAAACAAAGAUAUAAGAAGGGCAAUGAGGAGACUAAUUGGGUGGAAGAGAAAGAUGUGA